UGAAAAACUCUUGAAUUUCCCCACUUCUCGGCUAUUAACCAACUUUCUCUCUAUGCUAUUCAUCAUCCUAAGAUCUUGACUAUGUCAUCCUUACUCCUUUUCUCUUGGUUCUCAUUCAAAUCCCAAUUCAUCAUUCAUAACCAACCUCCAAUGUAAAUUCAAUCCUGUUACAAUUCCAUAAUUGUUCGAGCCAAUCAGUGGUGGAUCGAUCAACCAUGGCGUGGUGGAUUAGAGCUGGAAGUAAUAUAACAAAACUCGCCAUUAAAAGAAGAACUAUAUCGCAAUCCAUACCUUAUGCUAUCAGGAAAACAAUAUCAUCUCCACAAAAUCAAUAUUUCCAUUCUUCUACUUUCAAAUCUUCACCACCAGUCCCUCGUUCAGUCCCACUUUCUCGAUUAACAGACAGUUUCCUAGACGGAACAAGUAGUGUAUAUCUCGAAGAACUCCAAAGAGCAUGGGAAGAAGAUCCCAACAGUGUCGACGAAUCAUGGGACAAUUUCUUCAGAAACUUCGUCGGUCAAGCACCAACUUCACCAGGCAUAUCAGGCCAAACAAUUCAAGAAAGUAUGAGACUGUUAUUACUCGUAAGAUCCUAUCAAGUAAAUGGUCACAUGAAAGCGAAACUAGAUCCUCUGAAUUUAGAAAACAGAGAAAUACCCGAGGAUUUAGAACUCGCGUUAUAUGGAUUCGAUGAAGCAGAUCUCGAUAGAGAAUUCUUCCUUGGAGUGUGGAGAAUGUCUGGUUUUUUAUCAGAGAACCGUCCUGUACAAACAUUGAGAACAAUCUUAACUCGUCUUGAACAAGCCUAUUGUGGAAACAUUGGUUACGAGUACAUGCACAUAGCAGAUCGCGAUAAAUGCAACUGGUUACGAGAAAAAAUUGAAACCCCUGUGCCUACUCAUUACAAUAGAGAUAGACGAUUGGUAAUGCUUGACAGACUCAUAUGGAGUUCUCAGUUCGAGAAUUUCCUAGCCACGAAAUGGACAGCAGCUAAACGAUUUGGUCUUGAAGGAGGAGAAACAUUGAUUCCAGGCAUGAAGGAAUUAAUCGAUAGAUCAGCUGAUCUGGGCGUGGAAAGUAUAGUAAUUGGAAUGCCACACAGAGGAAGAUUGAACGUAUUAGGAAACGUAGUUCGCAAACCAUUACGACAAAUCUUCAGUGAAUUCAGCAGUGGAACAAAACCUGUUGAUGAAAUCGGUUUAUACACAGGAACAGGAGAUGUGAAAUAUCAUUUAGGAACAUCAUAUGAUCGUGCAACAAGAGGAGGUAAACGAAUUCAUCUAUCGUUAGUUGCGAAUCCUAGCCAUUUAGAAGCAGUUGAUCCUGUAGUAAUUGGAAAAACUAGAGCUAAACAGUAUUACUCAAACGACUUAGACAGGACCAAGAACAUGGGAAUAUUGCUGCAUGGAGAUGGUAGUUUUGCUGGACAAGGUGUUGUUUAUGAAACGUUACAUUUGAGUGGACUUCCGAAUUAUACAACUGGUGGAACGAUUCAUAUUGUUGUUAAUAAUCAAGUCGCGUUUACGACUGAUCCGAGAUCAGGAAGAUCUUCUCAGUAUUGUACUGAUGUUGCUAAGGCGCUUGAUGCUCCGAUUUUUCAUGUUAAUGGCGAUGAUUUGGAAGCGGUUGUUCAUGUAUGUGAACUUGCUGCGGAAUGGAGACAGGUUUUUCAUUGUGAUGUUGUGGUUGAUAUUGUUUGUUAUCGAAGAUUUGGACAUAAUGAAAUUGAUGAACCGUCUUUUACUCAGCCUAAGAUGUACAAGGUGAUUCGGAAUCACGAAUCAGCACUUGAUAUCUACCAAAAGAAACUUCUAGAAUCUAGUGAAAUAGCAAACGAAGAUAUAGAUAGAAUACAUAAGAAAAUCAGUGCAAUCCUCAAUGAAGAAUUCAUAGCCAGUAAAGAUUAUGUUCCAAAGAAAAGAGACUGGCUUUCUGCUUAUUGGUCUGGAUUCAAAUCUCCCGAACAAUUGUCGCGUAUUCGUAACACAGGGGUGAAACCAGAUAUCUUGAAGAAUGUUGGCAAAGCAAUCACAACUCUUCCAGAAAAUUUCAAUGCUCAUAGGGCCAUUAACAAGAUUUUUAAAGAUCGGUCACAGAUGAUUGAAAAUGAGGAAGGUAUUGAUUGGGCUGUCGCGGAGGCACUUGCUUUUGCAACAUUACUUGUUGAAGGUAACCAUGUAAGGUUGAGUGGUCAAGAUGUCGAGAGAGGUACUUUCAGUCAUAGGCAUGCAGUGGUUCAUGAUCAGGAAACUGGUGAAAAAUAUUGUCCAUUGGAUCAUGUUACAAUGAAUCAAAAUGAGGAGAUGUUUACUGUCAGUAAUAGUUCACUUUCUGAGUUUGCGGUUCUGGGAUUUGAAUUGGGUUAUUCAAUGGAAAAUCCAAAUGCAUUGGUUAUAUGGGAAGCUCAGUUUGGUGAUUUUGCUAAUGGAGCUCAAGUCAUUUUUGAUCAGUUCUACAGCAGUGGUGAGGCAAAGUGGUUGCGUCAAACUGGGCUUGUUGUUCUUUUACCUCAUGGUUAUGAUGGACAGGGUCCGGAACAUUCAAGUGCAAGAUUGGAACGAUAUCUUCAGAUGAGCGAUGAUCAUCCAUAUGUUAUACCAGAGAUGGAUCCAACACUCCGUAAGCAGAUUCAAGAAUGCAACUGGCAAAUCGUGAAUGUCACGACUCCUGCAAACUACUUCCAUGUUCUGCGACGACAGCUGCACAGGGAAUUCCGUAAGCCUCUAAUUGUGAUGGCUCCAAAGAACCUGCUUCGACACAAGGAAUGUAAAUCAAAUCUAUCAGAAUUCGAUGAUAACAAAGGUCACCCAGGCUUCGACAAACAAGGAACCAAAUUUAAGCGCCUUAUUAAAGAUAAGAACAAUCAUUCUGAUCUGGAGGAGGGUAUUAGACGUCUAGUUCUUUGUUCUGGAAAGAUUUAUUAUGAGCUUGAUGAGGAAAGAAACAAAGUAGAUGGUGAUGGAAAGGAACUUGCGAUUUGUCGAGUGGAACAGCUUUCUCCAUUCCCAUACGACGUUAUUCAGCGCGAACUCAACCGAUAUCCAAAUGCAGAAAUAGUAUGGUGUCAGGAAGAGCCAAUGAACAUGGGGGCAUACAGUUAUGUUGCACCUCGUUUGUGGACAGCCAUGAGAGAUAUCGGAAGAGGCGAAAUGGAGGACAUUAAAUAUGUAGGACGCGGUCCUUCUGCUGCGACUGCAACUGGUUUCUAUCAGGUUCAUGUAAAAGAGCAAACCGGGCUGAUUCAGAACGCGUUGAAGCCUGAUCCAAUAAGUACCAACAUCAUGUGUUAAACCGGAUAAAUGGAAGUUAUAACUAUGAUUAAUAACAUGCAUAAUUCGGAUUGAAAUCGUCCGAGAAGUCACACUUCUUCUGAUUUAUUGGUAAAGAAGUUUCCCAUCUUUCCUUUAAUUUCA